AUUUACAUUAAAUAAUGCACACCUGUUAGUGUGUACUUUUAUAUUUAAAUUAUGGUUAAGUGAAUACAAUUGAAAAUAAAAGGUGUGCAUUGUUUAAAGUUUACAAUAUACCAGUGAAUAAAUAAAGAUGGCAAAAAAAAAUAGGGAUGAAAGUUUACAGAUUGAAGUAAAAUCAUCAGAAGAAUGGAAAAAUCUAAUGAAAAAACCUGGUUUAGCUGUUGUUGAUGUUUAUGCAGCUUGGUGUGGUCCAUGUAAAGCAAUUGUCAACAUUUUGAAAAGAAUUAAAAUCGAUUGCAGUGAUGAUCUCCUUAUUUUUGCAACAGCUCAAAGUGAUGAAAUUGAAGCUCUAAUUGAAUAUAGAGGAAAAUCUCAACCAACAUUUCUGUUUUAUGAGAAUGGUCACUUGGUAGAUAUUGUUCGUGGAUGUGAUUGUCCACUUCUUACCAAAACUAUUGCGAGCCGCCUAAAGCAAGUACAUGAUAAUUUUAAAAACUCAUCUACAGAAUGUCCCAUAAAAAUUAAUGUAUUAGAAGAUGGGCAGAAAGAUGAACUCGAUCCUGAUGAAGAGCGUUUAGCUAAAAGUAUGUCCAGAAGACUUUUGAAAGUUGAAGAAGUACCACUUGCAAUUGCAAAACGAAUUCUGAUAGUUAUUAUCAAACCUGAUGCUAUAAGAGCUGGUGUGUUAAAAAGUAUUAUAAAAGAGAUUCUAGACACUGGGUUUGAAAUACUAAAGCAAGAGGAAAUGUUGUUGACAAAAGAAAUGGCUGCUGAUUUUUACAAAAAAAAAGAAAUGAACGACGACUAUGACAAUUUAGUGGAGUUUAUGUCAAGUGGGCCUUGCGUAAUCUUAGUGAUUUCAAAACCUGGUAAUGAAGUUGAUCAAAAUUAUUUAUCCGAAUUUCUUAAUCUGAUUGGUCCAACAGAGAUUAGUCUUGCAAAAAUGAGUGCACCAAACAGUUUGCGUGCAAGAUAUGGAACUGAUAUGGUUCAAGAUGCAAUUCAUUGCUCUGACUCCCAUGAAAGUGCUUCUAGAGAGUUGGAAUUUUUCUUUCCUGGAUUUGAUUUUUUACAAGCUCCUCUUCCACAAAACUCUGUCCAACAAGCUCCUCUUUUACAAGUACCUCUUCCACAAGAUCCUAUUUUACAAGCUUCUAUUCAUAAUGCCUCUGCCAGUAUAAAAAGAACAUUAGCAAUUAUUCGCCCAAACGCUUAUAAAAAACAUAAGAUAUCAAUUCUUAAUCAUAUAAAAGAUUCUGGAUUUACAAUUGCAAUGCAGAAGGAGAUUGAGUUCACACGAGAUCAAGCAGAGCAGUUUUAUUUUAAACAUAAAGAUAAAGAAUAUUUUCAAAAUCUUAUUGACACCAUGACAAGUGGCCCCUCCUUAGCACUAUGUCUUAUUCAUGAAGAUGCUGUUCAAACAUGGAGAAAAAUUAUAGGUCCAAAUGUUGUAAAUGAAAAUUAUAGAACAACCUCAAAAAUAAAAGAAAAUCCUGAAGACAAUCUUUCAUUAAGUAUCAAUGAGAAGUUUGCAGACUCUGAUGACAUUAUUAAUCCUUUUCAUGGAUCAGACUCAGACUCGUGUGCUUCAAAGGAAAUCAAUAUUUUAUUUCCAAUCGAAAAUAUUGUUGCAGUUAUUAAACCAAAUUUAGCAAACGAAGUAAAAGAUGCCAUUAUCAACAAGUUCAAAGAGGCAGGUUUUACAAUAUGUGCACAGAAGGAGGUCAAUCUCACAAAGGAUAUGUCUGCUGAUAUUUAUAAAGAACAUAGAGAAAAAGCAUAUUUUGAUGAGCUAACUGAAUACAUGAGUUCUGGAACCACCCAUUUUAUUAUAUUGUCAAAGGAGGAUGCUGUUUCUGAACUUAGAAGACUAAUGGGUCCAACAGAACCUACUGAAGCUAAAGAAAAGUUUCCUGAUUCUUUGCGAGCUCAAUUUGGAAAAGAUGCAAUAAGAAAUGCUGUGCAUUGUAGUUCGAGUGCGUCUGGUGCCCGUAACGACAUUGCAAGGUUUUUCCCAGAUUUUAACACUGAAAUUUCAGAUAGUAAUGAAGUAAAAGAAGGACUUUUGAAAAACGAAAAUUUAACAAAUGGUGAAGUUGAAAAGCCUGAGUGCAACGGAAAAAAUGAAAACGGAGAAAGUAAUCCAAUCAAUGUUAACUCUGCAUCGAAUGAAUCUCCUGGAGAUGUAUUAGAGCAAGUAAACACAACCGAAUGUGUAAUAGAAUCAGAGUUAACAGUUAAAUCCAAUUUAGAUAUUGGAAAUGAAAAUUCUGUGCCAAAUAAUGAUAGUAUUGAUAAAGAAGCAGAAAUAACUAAUGAAGAAAAUUUCGGGCCUGAAAAUAAAACAAAAUCAGAGUUAGCAAAUCAAACUUCUAAUGUAUCGAAUUCAGAGAGAACUGCUGAAUGUUUGAUUAGUGAAAUUGUUACUGAAAGUAUUACAGAUAGUAAAGAUCAUAAUGUUAAUGAAAGUUGUAUCAAAAACGAGUCCAAUAAUACUGAAAACGUGAUCGGUUUUAAUGUUCCUGAUCCGUCCGUUGUGUCAGAAAUAGUUUCUGUACAUAUUGCAAAUGGCUCUAUUUAUAAUGCUUCGAAAGAUGAAAAAAAUGAAUUGAAUAAAAUUCUCUCUGAAGGCGAUGCUCAUAAAGAAUUGGAUGAAAAAGCCAGUAAGAACGAAUCAGAACAUUUUGUUGAGUCUGUUACAAAAGUUGAAACUUAUGAAGAUGCGCCGGGAACUGAUGAUUAAAAAAUGAUAUAUUUAGUAUAAAAAAAUUAUAUAUAAUAUUUAAUAGAAUGUUAAGUCA